AUGCCCAAGAACAAGGGAAAGGGUGGUAAGAACAGGAGACGUGGAAAGAACGAGAACGACAACGAGAAGCGCGAGCUCGUGUUCAAGGAGGAGGGCCAGGAGUACGCGCAGGUCGUCAAGAUGCUGGGCAACGGCCGUCUGGAGGCGCAGUGCUUCGACGGCGCGCGUCGCCUUGCGCAUAUUCGCGGCAAGCUGAGGAAGAAGGUCUGGAUCAACCAGGGCGACAUCAUCCUCCUGUCGCUGCGAGACUACCAGGACGAGAAGGGCGACGUCAUCAUGAAGUACUCUGCCGACGAGGCCCGUUCGUUAAAAGCCUACGGCGAGCUCCCCGAGAAUGCAAAGAUCAACGAGACAGACACGUACGGCGACCAGGGCGACGAGGGCAUCGGCUUCGAGUUCGACGAGGACCGCGACGACUCCGACUCGGACGAGGCUGACGGCACCGGCAAGAAGGAGAUUGACAUUGACGACAUCUAA